AUGGCACCUCGAAUUAGACGUAGGAUAACUACUUCUAAACGAGAAGAGAUUGAAAAAGAACAAGAAGAAUUAUCUAAAACCAUAAUUCGUCCUUAUGAUGUUCUUCAAUCAUUACCAGUAUCAUAUUCUCAACCACCAACAUCAACAUCAUCAAUUUUCACUCAUCCAUUAACAAUAAAAGAUACAGGUACUUUAUAUUAUUCCUUAAUAAAAUCUCGUAAUAAUUAUCUUACAAUGUGUCCCAUGUUUAAACUUUUUUGGGUGAAACAAUCAUCAUACGUUAGGAAAUUAUUAGAAUUAGAUAAACCAUUACCUAAAUCCAUGGAAAAUGACAUAUAUUUAAAUCGAGAAAUGGUAUUAAAUAAUGAUUCUAGUGCUAGAGAUAUCAUGGUGAAAUUAUGCGAUGGUGGAUUAAGUUUUAGUUCCGGGAUUCAUUCAUUUGAAAUACGAAUAUUUAUAGCUAAAGAUAAACGAUCAGAUAUUAAUGAAAUCAAAUUAAUUAAACAACGAGAAAAAGAAUUGAAAAAAAUUAAUAAAUUAAAGGAAAAAGAAUUGAAAGAUAAAUUAAGAGAAGAAAAUCGAUUGAUUAAAGAACAAGAACGAUUGGAACGAUUGAAAGAGAAGGAAUUGGAAAAACAAUUGAAACAGAAACAAAAGGAAGAGAAACAAAAGCAAAAGGAACAAAGAGAAAAGGAAAGAGAAUUGGAAAGAGAAAAGAAAGAGAAGGAAAAGAAAGAAAAAGAAAAGGAGAAAGAACGGAAAGAUAAAGAGAAGGAGAAGAAGGAUAAAGAAAAGUCAUCUCAACUGAAAGGAACUGGAAAUAAUGUCAAGGAUACUUUAAUUGUUGGGGUUAUUCAAAAAUCUAGUAUAGGAAAUCAAAAAGAAGUUGGAACUGGAGAUGCUAGUACAUCCAAGACACUGCAAAGUAAGAAGAAACAGACUGCCAAACAAUUAAAUUCCAAAGACACGUCA